AUGGAGAAAAACAGGAUACUGACCCUAGCUGCAUCCUGGAAAAGGCUGCUGACAACGGCUCCCUCUGCCAGUGCUAAGCCAGGCGCUAUGGAAUCAGUAACAGUCCCAACAGAAGACCCCAGGGACCUGAGAGCCUGCCCCAAAGUCAGGGGCCUGGAGACGGGCUUGGAGACUAGCUCAGGUGGAAAGCCGGCCCGCCAUCAGAAGGCCAUCCCCAAAGCUCACUUAACUUUCGUUAUCGACUGUACUCGUGGGAAACACAUCUCCCUGGCAGCACUCCCAGGGCCACCCCGCGUCCCUAGUCCCAACUUAGGACCUGUCAUCCCUCCAAUGAAGACUUACAUCUUGUUAUGUGGGGAAAACCGGCCCCCCCAUAUAAAUCAGGAGGCUCCCCUAGGUGGGGGAGGCCUUGCCCAGACCAGGGGACCCCUGCCACCCUGCAGAGAGACUACGGCCCCAGAUUCCUCCCCAGCCAGCCCACUCUGCCUCCAGGGGGCUCCUGAAGCCAAGGGGGGCCCUGCGAAGACUGUGUCCUCGAGGUCUUCAGCUUGGGGAACGGUCAUCGUCUCGCUCAAAGCCCUCUCCUCCUGUGUCUGUGCGCAGGCUGAUUAA